AGAUUCUCUGUAUUAUUAGGCAACGAUGAAGCUUGUGAACAAGUAUGUUGACAAGUACGGAACUGGUCACGUUACGCUUCGACCUGAAGACGAUGAAGAUAUGUGGCACCUCUACAACCUCAUACAACAAGAUGACCUUGUUCGUGCUCCUGCAAUCCGCCGUGUACAGAACGUUUCAGCAACUGGAUCUACGGAAUCACAUCGAGUCAGGCUGAAUCUUACUCUACAAGUCUCCCGUGUCGACUUUUCCUCCUCUGGAGCACCUCCCUCAACUCCAGAUCAAUCUGCAGCUAAUGCAACCUCAUCUUCCAACUCCUCUGCUUCCCCAACCACGGCUUCCCUACACAUAUCAGGACGUGUUACAUCUGAAAAUCAACACGUGAAACUUGGUGCAUUCCACACCCUUGACAUAGAAUCAAAUAGAGACGUUCGUAUCGAGAAAACAGAGGGAUGGGAUAGUAUUGCGCUUUCUCGUGUACAAGAAUCCUGCAUCCCCGGACGCGGCGCAGAAGUCGGCGCCGUGGUCAUUGGAGAGGGCACCGCCGCAUUCUGUUUGCUCUCGCAGCAUCUGACGCUUGUCACACAUCGUUUAUCUGUUCCUAUACCGCGAAAGGCUUCUGCACCUGGUACUGCACAACAUGAGAAGGCGAUGGUCAAAUUCUAUGCAGCACUAUACGAUGCAUUCACAAGACAUAUACCAUACGCAACCCCUGGUUUGCGUGCCAUUGUUCUUGCCAGCCCUGGAUGGACAAGAGACGGAGUAUAUGAUUGGAUAGUAGGUGAAGCCAGUCGGAGAGGGGAUAAGUCAUUGGCGAAGUCACUGCGUGAAAAGGCCGUCAAGGUCCACGUGAGCAGUGCACAUGUCCAUAGUUUGGUGGAGGUCUUGAAAAGCCCCGAGAUUGUCGCACAACUGAAAGAAACUAAAUUUGCACGAGAGGGUAUUGUUCUUGACAAAUUCUUUAGGAUGCUUGGAGUAGAUGAGAUGCGAGCAUGGUAUGGCCCAGACCAUGUUUCAUUGGCUGCAGAUCGUGGUGCUGUGGGGACUUUGUUGAUUUCCGAUGAGCUAUUCCGCGCGAGCGAUCCAAAGCUGAGGAAGAAAUACGUGCAGCUUGUGGAGGGUGUCCAACAGAAAGGUGCAGAGGUAGUGAUAUUUUCCAGCAUGCAUGAAUCUGGCCAGCAGCUGAAUCAAUUGACUGGCAUCGCGGCUAUCUUAACAUUCCCUUUGGAUGUUGAAGUGGUUGAGGCAGAAGAGAAGGAAGCCAAAGAAGAAGAGCGCAUACGCCUUGAACAAGGCCUUGAUGGUAGUGGAGGCGGCUAAGAGCCGCACCCAUAAUGUGUAUCGAAUAAGUAAGGGAUAUGGCGAUGUAGCGCUAGAGAAUUUUACUGUAUGUUUUAUUUCUCAACGAUGUAAAAGCCUAUACAUGUGUUUUUGGAUAUUUAUCAUGCAGGUAC